CCGGCUUGUGAGGUGCGGCUGCGUAGGCCAUGUGCUUGCCUAACCACACCUGCCAUCUCAGCCUUCCACCGUCACCGUUUGUUACCUGGACCUUCCUCCAAGCUCCCCCUCCAUCCAUCCACACCUCAUCCCAAACCACCAGCAUCCACGCAAUCCCCGAACCACGACAACCUCAACUCCGACGACAUCCAAGCCAUUGACCUUGCCGACCCGAAUACUCCUCACUAUCCUCUAGGAACUACACAACACACAACACCGCCAAGAUGUUUAUGGCAAGAUCUGAAUACGACCGAGGAAUCAACACCUUCUCCCCAGAAGGCCGCCUCUUCCAAGUCGAAUACUCCCUCGAGGCAAUCAAGCUCGGCUCCACGGCCAUCGGCGUCGCCACCGCAGAGGGCGUCGUCCUCGGCGUCGAGAAGCGCGUCACCUCGACCCUCCUCGAGACCUCGUCCGUCGAAAAGAUUGUCGAGAUUGACCGCCACAUUGGCUGCGCAAUGUCCGGCCUCCAGGCCGACGCCCGCUCCAUGGUCGAGCACGCCCGCGUCGAGUCCCAGUCCCACUCCUUCAACUACAACGAGCCCCUCCGCGUCGAGUCGUGCACCCAGGCCAUCUGCGACCUCGCCCUCCGCUUCGGCGAGGGCGCCGAGGGCGAGGAGACCAUCAUGUCCCGCCCCUUUGGCGUCGCCCUCCUCAUCGCCGGCUACGACGAGGACGGCCCCCAGCUCUUCCACGCCGAGCCCAGCGGUACCUUUUACCGCUACGACGCCAAGGCUAUCGGUUCCGGCUCCGAGGGUGCGCAGGCUGAGUUGCAGAACGAGUACCACAAGUCCCUGUCAAUUACGGAUGCCGAGACGCUGGUGCUCAAGACGCUCAAGCAGGUCAUGGAGGAGAAGCUCGAUUCGAAAAACGUCCAGCUCGCGAGCGUAACGAAGGAAAAGGGCUUCAGAAUAUACACGGAUGAGGAGAUGGCCGCUGUGGUGGAGAGACUCCCUGCGAACUAAGGGAAGGGAGGUCCGUGGUGUUUGAAAGAGGAUAUAGGGUGCAAUCUCGCGGUCUCGGCGACUCGGGAAGAAGUGAAAGAACACACUUGAGCCAAAGAAAGAGGUAGAGAGCGCAAAAAAAGAGAGAAAGCGGGAGACCCAGAAAUCAUCCGAUUACGAAACUUGGAACCUGACGCAUAGACGAAUUUCCUCCCCGAAAGUGUAUCAUUAUUGUACUCAACGUGACGAUGGCUUCAUUCUCCGAAUCUCAUAUAUGGCGGUGGUGCUUUGAGUGGGC